UUAUUUCCAAUAAGCCGCAUCGCCGUGCUGCUUGAUAUAUUACAAUUUCUAUUAUUAUUAUUGUUAUAAGGUAUAUCUCUUGUAAUUUUUUUUAUUUAAACAAUUUUUUUUUCCAUUCGGAAGACGGUAAGUUUCGUCACUACGCUUAAUAGUACUUCUCUGUAGAGGUAUACCUCGUUGGAACGGUUCAACACACCACUUAGGAAACAAGAAAUCAAUUUUAAUGUCAGAACUACAGUCGGUGCUAUUAUUAAAAAAACAACUGACUGAAUUGCACAAGAACCCAGUAGAGGGGUUCUCUGCUGGUCUUAUAGAUGAUAAUGAUAUUUACAAAUGGGAAGUUCUCAUCAUUGGACCUCCAGACACCUUAUAUGAAGGAGGGUUUUUCAAGGCUCAUCUUAAUUUUCCUAAAGAGUAUCCAUUAAGGCCACCAAAAAUGAAAUUUGUCACUGAAAUUUGGCAUCCUAAUAUUGAUAAAAGUGGUGAUGUUUGCAUAUCUAUACUUCAUGAACCAGGUGAUGAUAAAUGGGGUUAUGAAAAAGCAAGUGAACGUUGGUUACCAGUUCAUACGGUCGAAACUAUCUUAAUAUCAGUUAUUUCAAUGUUGGCCGAUCCAAAUGAUGAAAGUCCAGCUAAUGUAGAUGCUGCAAAAGAUUGGCGUGAAAAUUAUCCAGAAUUCAAGCGCAAGGUUGCACGUUGUGUGCGUAAAAGUCAAGAGGAUAUGUAAUAACAAAUUUGCCAGUUGCUCUAUACAUAUGUUACCAUCAUAUAAAUCAAUUAUUGAUGCCAGGGUAACAAAAUAUAGAGCAACCAACAACAUUUUUUUAUAAUGUGAUUUAUUAAUGUAAGUUUUUUUCUAAACGUCUAAUAAAAUAUAAUAAACUAUC